CAUAUUAUUAUCGAGGAUGCGUUCUAUCUGAAUAUUUAUACUGGUCCAAUUUACGUUGCCACACUUGCCAAUCUUGCCAGCCUAAUACUUAUUGUUGUCUUUUUCAAAGAUAAACCAACUAUUCAUCAACCAGUACCUCAAAAUGAAUACAAGUGCUCCAGCAAGUCCGAUAUUGCACAGAAGGUGGUGCAGAGGUUUAGCACGUCGUGUCCGGAUGUGAAUUUUAAAUGCAGUCUUGUUGAAGCAAGUCGCCGUAGAUCAUCGCAAGCGGUGGCAGCGCUGACAACAGACAUGAGGGCAUUUGACUUGUCACUGGCUUUAUCCUGCAUUCUUGUUCGAAUGGUUGCUACUCUGACAAUCACUACAAUUCAAACGUAA